GGCAUUUUUUAUCUCAUGGGAUACCCAUAUCUUUUCUAAGUUAUUGUUUCCCUUCUAUAUGUCCCAUUUCAGUCUACUGCGCGGUAUAUUUGCACCUUCAAUCUAUUCUAUAACCAUCCUUUCUCCGGAAUAAAAACGCAAUGUUUCGUGUCGGAUCAUGGCUGUACAACAAGGCAUCUCCGGCGAGUGUCUCCACGCAGUCUCUCGACGCAUUGGCAGAGUCGCAAGAGCUGCAGAGUGCUCUUCGAGCUGCUACCUUUAUCAUCAACGAUGAUGUUGACGGCGCCGAAGAGGGUCUAAAUAAGGGUGAUUCGUCAUUUCAUAAGCUGGGAAAAGGGAUCGUCUCGUUCGUUCGGGCCACUUUGGGUUUCGAACAGGAAAUCAUGCGCCUUGCGGGCGAACGGCUAUCGGAGGCGGAAACGUGUGCGUCAAACGAUUAUCAAAAAGCUCAACAUAAUUCAAAUGCCCCCAAUGCAUACCGGUCACCGAUCUAUGCCCCUGGGACCGAAUUUCUUCUAUGUCGAAGUAUGGCUCAGCUCAUGGCUGCUCUGGUCGGCGUCCUGAACGAAAGCUUAACGGAGAGCAUCAAGGCUUUCUAUAAACUAAGGAAAGCGUACAUCGCAUUAGAUAAUAUAAUGCAAAUGGAGGAGAAGUACCUCCAGGAGGAAUCCGCAAGAAAGAUGGCCUCCUCUAAUAUCUCAUUGCCACCUAACCACUCCCUUGCGGUGCCCACAAAGCCAUUAGUAAACAGAAGCGAUACAUCGAAAGCCCCCGGAAUCACCUCUGACAGGGCCUCAGGCUCCCAGCUCGGAAAUGGUAAGCCAGACGAACCGCGGCUUUCCAACGAUGCCACGGCGUUUUCUUCCACAGAAGCUGAAAAAUCAUCAUCACAACCUCCAGAACCACCUCCAUCUCCCACACAGCACCUGGAUCAGGAUCCCGACUCCGAUUUAUUUACGAAUCCCGUAGAUGCAUUUGUACAUUCCGGCGCAAACCUCUGCUUCGGACUUUUAUUGCUCCUUAUCUCGAUGGUUCCGCCUGCGUUUUCAAAAUUGCUCUAUAUUGUGGGCUUUAGAGGAGACCGGCGUCGGGGGCUUCGGAUGCUGUGGCAAGCUAGCAAAUUCCAUAACUUAAAUGGCGCAAUUGCGGGUUUGGGACUGCUGGCUUACUAUAAUGGUUUUAUCCGGCAUUGCGACAUCAUCGACGACUGUCCGAGUGAAAAUGAAGACAGGGUCGACAGCUAUUCGGAACACCGACUCACUGCUUUGUUGUCAGUGAUGAGACAUCGAUUCCCCCAUAGCCAUCUUUGGCUCUUAGAGGAAUCUCGGAUGCAAGCUGCAAAGAAAAAUUUAGGCGCGGCCCUGGAGCUGCUCUCUGGAGAUACUAAAAGCCCUCUGAAGCAGGUUGAAGCGCUAUGUGUGUUCGAAAAGAGUUUGACUUCUAUGUAUCUUCAUAAAUACGAAUUGUGCGCGGAAUCAUUCAUCGAGUGUGCUGAACUCAAUUCGUGGUCCCGAGCUUUGUAUUAUUAUAUUGCUGCAUCGGCUCAUCUUGCUAUCUACAGGCAAAAUGCCCUAGAUUCGCCUACGCUAGCCAAGGAGCAUGCUGCCAAAGCCCUUGAGUUAUUCCAGAAGGUUCCGUCGCAAGCGGGCAAGAAGAAAUUUAUGGCCCGACAGCUUCCAUUUGAUGUCUUUGUUACCCGGAAAAUCUCAAAAUGGGAAUCACGCGCCAAGGAAUGGAAUGUUGACUUUAUCGACGCGAUCGGCGUCGACCCAUUGGAAGAAAUGAUCUACUUAUGGAACGGGCACAGCCGCAUGAACGAGGAAGAACUUCGAAAUUCGCUGAGGUGCUUGGCGUGGUCGGAAAGCGAGGAAAAUAAACACUGGGAUCGCGAAAAUGAAGACGAGUUCGCGAUUUUGGCUCUCCUCCGGGCUUCCAUAUUCCGUUUUCUGGGAAGACAUGAAGAAUCGAAGAAACUCUUGCGGUCGAAAAUCCUUGUUCAUGACCCGGCAACAUUCAAAGGCCAUUUGAAAGAUGACUGGACUUGCCCGACAGCCCACUACGAGAUGGCAGCGAAUUUGUGGAUGGAACGCUACUCAUAUCGGCCAAUUUGUUCCACUGCAGGAGGUGUCCCCGCCAAUGGCUCGCAAAGUCAGUCCGAAUCUACCUCGGCAACGGAGACGAACCAUGUCCCCAAACCGUCAAUGUCAAUAUCCUCUAAGACAAGCCACGAAUCGAACGAAAACGCAGAAGCUCAUGAUCGGCGGAAGGUCCGCGAAUGCAGAGAAUGGAUUGAGAAGGUUGCGAAGUGGGAAACGUACGAACUCGACGCCAGAGUCGGCCUCAAAGUGACCGUGGCAGAGGACACAUUACGGAAGUGGGAAUCGGCCAAUCCGCGCUAAGAGAGAUCGUUUGUUUUUGUUUUACAAAUUUACUUUGUGACGUCACCAAGUCAUCCCGUAUAUAGCUUUAUAGAUCGGAAUGCGGGCUUUAU